AUGCAUCUUCCCUUGGCGUUCUGUUAUCUUUUGGCCCACAUUACGACGUCUCUUGCCAGAAGUCCAGAUGAAUGGCGAGGCCGAUCAAUCUACCAAAUCCUAACCGACAGGUUCGCCCGAACAGACAACAACCUCACAUCACCCUGCGAUGUGAGCAAGAACGAGUACUGCGGCGGUACCUGGAAAGGCAUCGAGCAGAAGCUCGAAUACAUCUACGACAUGGGCUUCAACGCCAUCUGGAUAUCGCCGAUUACCAAGAACAUUCCAACAGGCUACCACGGCUACUAUCAGACCGAUCUCUACGCUCUAAAUGAGAACUUUGGCACUGAGCAGGAUCUCAAAGACCUUUCUGAUGCCUUGCACGAGCGAGACAUGUAUCUCAUGGUGGAUAUUGUGACGAAUCACUUCGGCUCGGUGGAAAAUGACCCAAGCGUCGAUUACUCGCAGUAUUAUCCCUUCGAUGAUGAGUCCUACUUCCAUCCAUACUGCGAGAUUGACUACGACAAUCAAACAUCUGCAGAGAUCUGCUGGCUCUAUAGCAAUCUCCCUGACGUGCGAACGGAGGACCAAAACGUCAUCGAUGCCUAUUCUACUUGGAUCUCUCAGCUUGUUGCAAACUACAGUAUCGACGGUCUUCGCAUUGAUUCCGUGAAAAAUGUCAAUAAAGCCUCCAUGCCACCAUUCUGCGAAGCUGCCGGUGUCUACUGUCUAGGAGAGCUAAGCAACAACGACCCAGACUACUCUUACCCCUACCAACAAGUCCUGAAUGGAGGCGGCAUAAUCAACUACCCCCUCUACUUCUCCUUCAACGAAACCUUCAUCUACAACGGCUUCUCCAGCACCGAAAAACUUGCGUAUAACAUCUACCUCGACCGCAACAACAGCAUCGACAGCAACUUUCACGGAACAUUCACCGAGAACCACGACAACCCCCGCAUCGCCUGUCACAACCCCGACAUGAGCGUCGCCGCCAACGCUAUCGCCUGGACGAUCCUGACAGACGGCAUCCCCAUCAUCUAUCAAGGCCAGGAGCAGCACCUGGCGGGAGGGGAUGACCCGGGCUCUCGAGAGGCGAUGUGGCUGGCCGAGAACGGCUCGUACGACAACACAAGCCAAUUGCACAAUACUACGGCGUAUCUGAAUCAGAUCCGGACUUGGACGGUGCAGCACUCUGAGGGCUAUACACAUUACAAGAAUGUCGUGCUCAACUAUUCUGACACCCAGAUCGCCAUUCGCAAGGACGUCAUGCGAUUCAUCCUCACGUUCGCGGGUGUUGGUCAACCACGAGGGACAUACACCACCAUCGGCGGAGGCUUCUCACCAAACAGCUCUGUUGUGGACGUGAUCAAUUGCAAAGCCUAUACCGCAAACAGUGCUGGCGAAGUUACUGCAGAUGUUGGGGGAGGAGCUAUAGUUGUCAUGAUGCAGGCAGACUUCAUCAAAGGAAGUGAAAUGUGUGGGUAUUGA